AUGGCACCACCCGGUUCUGUUUCGUACGAAGUUUUUAAAAUCACGCUGAUAAACAGAACCUCCGAAUCGCAACAGCUUCUGAUAUCGGAAGAAUUGGAUGACAAAACGCCAUCCCAGCUUCUUCGUAGAAUGAAACAGCUUCUCGGAGAUGAAAGCCUCCCAGAAAAAAUAUUAAAGCAGCUUUUUCUCCAGCGUCUGCCCUCCAAUACCCAGGUUGUUCUCACUUCUACCAGAGAAAAUACACCCAUUGAAGAACUGGCGGAGCUAGCUGACAAAAUAGCCGAAGUACUGCACAAAUAUCCAACGGUAUCGACGGUGACGCCAGCCGCUCCCAGUACCAAUCCUUUCCAUGCACAAACCAGUUCUUCCGAGAUUUCGGACUUGCGUGCAUUAAUGAUGCAGCAAGCUGCUCAAAUACAGAUCCUCACAGCCCAAAUGCAGGCCCUAAAGCUUAGUCCCCAGCGUCGAAGCACCAGCCAAUCGUGA